CGGCAUUUCAUAUCUUGUAGUUCAGUCACUGCACGCGCGUCAAGCACGAAUGGUGAAAUGGUGGCGUGAUAGAAGGCGGCAGGCGGAGCUGCAGUAUCAGGGACGUGCUUGUGACAGGCAGGGCACACCGACGGGACUUUGCAAAUGAAACACCAUUUGUAUGGCUACCCAGUGCUAAUAGGAUAACAAGAUGAAGAAAAUGAGCUCCAUCAUGGCUUAACAAGUUUACAAAAAUGGAAUCUCAAACACCUAUGGAGGAUAUGGAUACAGGGCAGCAGUCUGCCGGAAAACACCAGCCGCAACUCUCCGAGAUCUAUUUGUUACCUGCUGAAGUAGUAAGACCUGGAUGUGGCAAUGAAAAAAACAUUACUGUAAAUAGAACAACUAAGGAAAGACAUUCUUACCAAUUUUCCGAUACGCCAUCUUCCAAUAAACAGUCAACUAUGGCACCACAGGACAAUCCAUCCGAUGCUCCAGACCAGGAUAAAUUAGAUGGGACUUUGUGUUUGAGUGGGCAGCUUGGCACUGAAACGAAGAUUCGCUUAAACUCGGAACCUACCCAAAGAUGUGAGCAACAAGAAACCAAAAAGAUUGCGCAUGUUGACCUUUCAGGUCAUGGUGUGAAAAAUGAUGACAAUUCGUUGUCGGAAAGUGAUGUAGAGACUUUCACUGGAAAGAUUUUGUAUAACCCGGAUGGAUCUGCCUAUAUUAUAGAAGGAGACUCGGAAGUCAGCGAUGAAGAAUGCAGUCUGGAUCUACCUCAACGACAAGACGGUAUUGUUGAUGGACGGGUGGCGACACCUACGCAGUAUAGGGGUUUUCCUGAAAUCAUAAAUGCCUUUCACAUCUGUAGAAAUUCUAAUUUGCUUAGCGCCCUAUAUGGGCAAACACACAACCUCCAUCAACAGAAUAAAAAAGUUCCUGAGAUACCUAUGGUACACAGUUAUAAAGUGUUUAACGUGCGUGAAAAGAGUCCCAGUUUUGAUAAUAAAGACUUCGUAAAAACUGACAUUGGUGGACCUAAACUAAGGGCCAACAAUGAGGACAGACAUAAAAUAUCCUGUGAGUAUUCUUCUGUCCCAAUUAAACCUAUUCUUAUGUGUUUCAUGUGUAAAUUAUCUUUCGGUUAUGCCAAAUCAUUUGUUGCUCAUGCUGUCAGAGAGCACGGUAUACAUCUUCUGGAAGAAGAAAACUAUAUAUUAUCACAAAUAAAUGUUUCAGCCAUUAUUCAAGGCGUUGGGAAAGACAAAAUCCCACUUCUUUCAUUCCUAAAACCAGCUUCUAACGCCUCCGCUCAGGUUCGUGAAAAUGAUCUAUUAUCUCGAAGUGUCCAGAGUUUUUGUGAUUCCUCUGCACACUUAGAUGCUAACAAACAUCCAUUUAACUACACCAGUGCUGUAGUCGUUAGUAGUGUUUCACCAUCCACAAGUACAGUUGCUGCAACGACAUCAUUGUCCUGUUUGAACCCAGCUCCAUCAAUUCGGGAUAUCAAACAGUCUUUUGUUGAGCACGAGAAGGAAAAUGUUGUUCAAGGUACUGUCGGUCGUGAUAACGCAACAAUAGAAUCUAUUGCUCCGGAAUUAGAAGACUUGGCUAACAUUGAGAAAUUAGCCAAAGCAGCAGCUGCUGCAGCUGAGGCGACUUCAUCGGAGUCAUCUGGUGAAUGCAAACAGAAUCUUACUAAUAACUUAAUGCCAAAAAGUACCGAAGCUCAGAAUCAAGAUGGACCAAUGACAGCCUCUGUAUCUUCGGCCUUAGAAAGAAGAACUCUUUCACUAGAGGGACCAACAAGUUAUGGAAGCAGUUCUCCAGAAUCUUCUGUGUCUCCAAAGACUUCAAUGUCUCCAGAUUUGCUCACGUUAAGUAACCAUUCUUUAGCGUCCUCAACAAAUGCUUUAUAUACUAUUUGUCCACAGCACUUAGAUAACAGACAUCCUGACUGUUCAAAGUGUGACAUGGUUUUAGGUUCCUCUUCUUCUUUAGGUAGUCAUAUGGAAAUGAUACACUCUAGAAACUCUUGUAAAACUUUAAAGUGUCCGAAAUGCAACUGGCAUUACAAAUAUCAAGAAACGCUAGAGAUACAUAUGAAAGAGAAACACUCGGAGAACGAAACUUCGUGUGUUUAUUGUAUAACCAAUCAGCGACAUCCGAAACUGUCACGUGGUGAGACUUACACUUGUGGAUACAAACCAUAUAGAUGUCAAAUUUGCAAUUAUUCUACCGUUACUAAAGGUAACUUGAGUAUUCACAUGCACUCAGACAAACACCUCAAUAAUCUCAAAGAGCUUCGAAGUGGAAACUUGACUACUAAACAUGUUCUUCCCUCUCAAAACGUAACCAUCACAACUGCUCCAGAACCGCCGAAAAAGGGGUUACCAUUAACCAAACCAAAGGCUACAUGGCGCUGUGAUAUUUGUAACUACGAAACUAACGUGGCUCGAAAUCUUCGGAUUCAUAUGACGAGCGAAAAACACACACAUAACAUGAUGGUUGUACAGCAGAAUGUCAAACAUAUGCAACAGUUGACAGCACUUCACCAUUCUCAAGUGAUGGACCCGAUGUUUGGACAGUUCCAUUCUGGUUUAUUAUUCCCUCCAGACGCUCAGCUCCAGCCUGAAGCAGCUUUGGCAGACUUGUAUUACAAUCAAGCACUUAUGAUGAUAGCAAACCAACAGCAGCAGCAGCAACAACAACAACAAAUGGUAAUGGUAGGCCCUAAUCCUGUUGUAAACAAUUCUUCUCAACCUUCUUCUUUAUAUUUUCCUUAUACAUCUACCAUAGAUAUGGAACAAGGCGACCCAACUUUGAACCCAGAUGUUUCUGAGGGUGAUUCCGCUCUGUUCUUCUGUUGUGUGUGUAGCUGUUUCUCAACAAACAGCGUUGAAUCCUUGAAUGAGCACUUUCAAGUUGAUCGGACAGAAGAACGAGAAGAUAAUACUAUGACGAUGGUUGGAGGAAAUUACAUAUGUAAACUGUGCGCCUAUAAAACUAAUCUGAAAGCCAAUUUCCAGCUUCACUGCAAAACCGAUAAGCACUACCAAGGGCUUCAACAUAUUAACCACAUUAAAGAAGGAGGGCCGAGGAACGAGUGGAAAUUGAAGUAUGCGAAGACCAGCAACGCUGUCCAGGUGCGAUGCAACGUUUGUGACUGCUACACCAACAGCAUACACGAACUACAAUUACAUACUUCAAAUCCCAGACAUGAGAUCAGUGCUAAGCUUUUCUUGUACUUGCAGUUCAGUGAAAACGGUCUCGAUGCUGAUGCAACAUUUUACCACUGUGCACUGUGCAAAUUUUCGGCAAACGCCAAAGUUAAACUUGUUCAACACGUUCACUCACUAGAGCAUCUGAGGAAUGAAAAUCUUCGCCAGAUGCAGAAAAAACUAGAAGGUCAAGAGUCGGAAGAUGACUUUCGAGAGAUAUACACAGUGAAGAGUUGCAGAGGACUGGAAAAAGAAGCAAAGGACUCCCAAACUACUCAGCCACAAAUAGACUCGAUAGGAAGUAAAGCCCAUGAGGAUAAGUCAGCUCAACCACAAACAGACUUGGUAGGAAGUAAAGCCCACGAGGAUAAGGGCACAAAGAGUGACGGCCCAAGUGAGGAGUCUAAGCUAAAACAAGCCCUUACAGAUCGUCUUAAGAAUGGAGGACUGCCAGAAAAAGAUCCAGAUCACGUGUUUACCUGUCCUUUGUGUGAUUACACUAACGUCAGUGAGGUUCUCAUUCACAUGCAUGUAGUAGCACAACAUUCACAGAAACAAAACCUGCAGUGUCCACUGUGCCAAGAAUGUCUUGACGAGUUGCCCAAAUUGGAGAAGCACUUGAUGGAAUCUCAUAAAGUCAGUCGUGAGGGUGUGGACAGAUUGUUGAUGAUCGUGGAUAAGACAAAUUUAGAGAGUACUAACUCCAAACCUAAAGAUCAACAGAAAGAGGAAGAGGUUGUGAAUAAUUCUAAUACUAACGUCAAAAAUGACAAUGGGAACUGGGAAAACGCUAACAAUGAUGAUGAGGCUGUAGACGAUUUAGAAUGUCCUGUUUGUUUAAAGCUGUUCAACAACAUAGACGAGCUUUUUGUUCACCAGAAUGAAAAGAGUCACAUAGAAGUAAAGGAAACUCCAUGUGGUCCGGGAUAUAUAUGCUGGAAGAAAGGAUGUAACCAAUUUUUUCGAGUAUCCCAGGCUCUUCAAAUGCAUUUUAAGGAAGUACACGUAAAGAAACUUCAACUAGCUUUAUCAGACCGCCAUGUCUAUAAGUUCAGGUGUAACCAGUGCAGCUUAGCAUUUAAAACUCUGGAAAAACUGAAACUGCAUUCACAAUAUCACUUAAUUCGUGCAGCAUCGCAGUGUGUCCUGUGUGGUAGGAGUUUUCGAUCAGUGUCUGCACUCCAGAAACACGUGGAAUCAUCUCAUACUAGCAUGACUAAAGAAGAAAUUCAACAGUAUGAGGCCAGCUUGGUGAAUAAUCCUUUAUUAUCAAGUUCGGGACAUCGUAUUUUGAACCCUCACACUACAGAACUGUUGAAAAAAGAAAGCAACAGAGAUAGUGCUGAAGAGGCUGAAGUGAAAACCACUUCUGACCCCCCAGAACAAACGAAUCUAACUUCAGCAAGCUUUAAAUCUAGCCCUGAGGAAUCCAAAAUGCAAAGUGGACAUUUUGGUGACUGCAGUUCGAAAGAACAAGUGACUUUCGAGGAUUAUUUAAACAACCAGGUAAUGGCAGAAAAUAGUUAUAAUGACCCCAAUAGAAAGUAUAAGUGUCAUAGAUGUAAGGUUGCCUUUACAAAGCAAAGUUACCUUACCAACCAUAACAAAACCCUGCUUCACAAAAAAGGCGAGAAGAUGAGCUACCCUGUGGAUAAAUACCUGGACCCUAAUAGACCAUAUAAGUGCGAAGUGUGUAAAGAAUCUUUUACCCAGAAGAAUAUACUCUUUGUACAUUUCAAUUCUGUCUCCCAUCUGCACAAAUUGAAGCAAAGUAUGAAAGAUAGCAGCACUGUUUUCACCACGUUAACACCUCAUAACUUAACCAAGCCUGUGACAUCUAAUACAAACAGUAGUAGAUGCCAGAGUCCCGUCACCGCUAGCAGCGAAUCUGAAAAAAAGCUCUAUAAGUGUAACAUAUGUAAGGUUUCUUAUAAUCAGAGCUCAACCCUUGACAUACACAUACGAUCUGUUUUACAUCAAACCAAAGCAUCAAAACUGCACGAGUUAGCUAUGACAGGAGAAGUCGAUUUAAACCUUCCUUUAAUUGAAAAACCAGAGCUAAGUCAGUCCCAAGAGGACCAAAAGAAAGCUGAACCUGGAACUUCUCGAGCCACUAAGAUAAGUGCAGAUGUAACAACGUCCUUAGCCCAACCUCCGCUUUCUAUUGACUUCGAUCCUUUUCCUCAAACCUCUGUGCCAUCUACUGGCACACCUUUAAGUCCUAAUGUUUCACCGAGGUUUCCUUUUCAUGUUUCUCAUGCUCAUCCUACAGUGACACAGGCUCUUGGUUGGACCUCUGAUUUUGCAGAAACUUCAGGUCUUGUUCAUCCCCAGAUGUCAUCACAGACGCAUUAUCCCUGUCCACGUUGUAGUGUAUCAUUACCCACGCAUGAUGCAUUACUUCAACAUCAGAAGAUUUGCGGUUUUCUACAUCAGCCUGCAUCUUCUUUGUUUAGCUGUAACAACGUUCCAAUAACAACUAGCCAAAAUUCCCUUGAAAUUUCUGGUCUGACUCAGACAUCAUCCGUUUCCUCAUUGGUCCAACCCAAAGAUAUGGUCUCAGAUGCUCCGUUAAAAGAAACUAUCACUAAGUCAGAAAAGCUAAGUUCUCAAAACGUUUGUAACCAAGAACGAUAUGACACUACUCUUGAGUUAUCAAAAUCUAAGGAGCAAGUAACAUCUCAAAUGCUCAUGGCAAAAUGCCCGUAUCCUCGGUCAAAAUCACUGAUGUAUAAACACUUGCUAGAAAGCUGUGGCUUUGAAAUCGUCAUGCAGUUCAAUGAGUUCAACCAACGUAAAACUAGAACUGAUACUGACGGAGAAAACAUAACCAGUAAAGAUACUGCAAAAACAAAAUCUGGUACGACACCUGACGAAGAAAUUCAAAGCUGUUAUGAAAAGCCAAAAAACAAGUACUUGCCUGAAAUUAACAAGUCGGUAUGUAACAUUUGUUCCAAAGAGUUUUCCAGUAUCUGGGUUUUGAAAGCACAUAGAGAAGAAUACCACAAAGAAGUCGUACCAUUUAGUCUACUGGAGCAUGUUUCUCAAGAAUUCAGAAUAUACUAUGAUAAAAAAAAUCAUGCAUUAAACCUACCCCAACAAGAUGACCUGACAAGCAAUUCGGACACAGCUCCAACACCUAUUUCAACUCCUGACUAUAGCAUAUACAACCCAAAUAUUACGAAUGGGACAGCACAUCCUGGUAUAAGUUUUCCACCAGUAUCUCCCAUUAUACCUCAUUCAAGUCAGCAAGGAGGAGAUCCUGUCAACUUUGCUGCAAAUCAAAUGGCUGCCCAGUUACAGUUUCAACACCUACUUAUGAGCAUGGGUUUAGGAAUGAACGUACCAAUGGGUUUAGGAAUGCCAUUUGCAAAUAACAUCCAUCCAUCACUAGUUCCUAUGAUGUUUCCUCCUCCUGUUGAAUCGCUGAUGGCGUCAUCAUUCAAUCAUCCAUUAAUGGGGAGUGGAUUCGAUUCGACUGCUUUUAAUGCUCAGCAAAAAGUUCUUCAAGAACAACAACAGCAGCAGUUACAAGCACAACAACAAAAACGUGCAAGGACACGAAUAAAUGACGACCAACUCAGGAUCUUGAAAACAUACUUCAAUAUAAAUAAUUCCCCAUCGGAAGAACAGUUGAAAGAAAUGUCUUUAAAAUCUGGACUUCCUUUGAAAGUAAUCAAACACUGGUUUCGAAAUACUUUAUUUAAAGAACGCCAACGGAACAAGGAUUCUCCUUACAAUUUUAGUAAUCCACCAUCUACAUUUCUUAAUCUUGAGGAAUAUGAAAAAACUGGAGAGGCUAAAUCAAUAAUAGCUCAAGAAAACAAUCAAGAAUAUAAUAAAGAUAAUGAGACUAAAGAAAGCGUUGCUAAAGAAAAAGCAAAACAUAAAGUAAGAGAACGAGAACUAGAGAAUGGGAUGAACGAACCGAAACAAUCGAGUGAUAUGAAACCAUAUUCUGUAGAUUCUUUGCCAGCAACUCCAGUGUCUUCAGAAUCGAAUGAUAAGACAUUCGACGCAACGGGGUCAGUGUGUGAUGCGAUUUUACAAAGCACUCCCAUAAAGAUAACAGAGUCAAGCACAGAAGCCAGCAAUUCAUCUGAGCGAUGUGACUUUCAACCGGAAAAUACUAAUUUUAAAGAUUUACUUCUUUGUUCUGCAGACAAGACAGCCUCGUCAAGUUUAAUUGCAACUUCUCCUGGAGUUAUUACUGCAGCCACAUUAGAUAAUCAGAAACAAAACUCUCAAGCUCCUUCCUCCAGUCGAUGUUCAGGGUCAGGUAAACGUGCAAACAGAACUCGAUUUACUGAUUACCAAAUUAAGGUACUUCAGGAAUUUUUUGAGACCAACCCUUAUCCAAAAGAUGACAGUCUGGAAUAUCUCUCCAAAUUAUUAAACUUAAGUCCAAGAGUCGUAGUAGUAUGGUUUCAAAAUGCCAGACAAAAAGCUAGAAAAGUUUACGAAAAUCAGGCCCCUGUUCCAUCAGACGAAGACACAAAUGGACGUUUCCAACGGACACCAGGUUUAAAUUAUCAAUGUAAGAAGUGUUUACAAGUUUUUCAGCGUUAUUAUGAACUUAUUAAACAUCAAAAAGGGUCAUGUUUUAAAGAUGAAAACCCAUUAGUAUCUCAAAAUAAUAAAACCAGUACGUCUUUGUAUGAAAGUCCUGUUAAUCGUUCAGUUUCUGGGUCAGUUCAAAGUGUUCCUGUAGCACAAGAUACCAGAAAGAUGAACCAGAACAGUACUUAUCAAUGCGACAAGUGCGGUCUUAAAUUUUCCAGAUUUGAUCUGUGGAGAGAGCAUCAGAUAGUUCAUAUCAUGAAUCCAACCCUUUUUCCAAAUUAUCCAAAUAAAUCUGAAAUACUUCACCUAGACAAACAACACACUCUGAUGAAGAGGAAGUUUCCUGACAAUAACGACUCCAAAGAAGAACCCAAAGACAAGAGACUGAGAACCACCAUUCUACCUGAACAACUAGAUUAUUUGUACCAGAAAUACCAAAUAGAGAGUAAUCCUAGCCGGAAGAUGCUAGAAAACAUAGCUCGCGAGGUCUGUCUGCGGAAGAGAGUUGUUCAAGUUUGGUUUCAGAACACUCGUGCAAGGGAAAGAAAAGGUCAUUUUCGAGCCCAUCAACAGGUCAUUCAUAAGAGGUGUCCAUUCUGUAGAGCCUUGUUUAAAGCAAGGUCAGCUCUUGAAUCGCAUUUGGCUACAAAACACGCUGACCAGUACACAAAAGGCGACAUACAAAUAGAUACUUUACCAGAUGGUGAAACUGAUACAGAUGGUGCAAACAGUGCUGGAGAAGAAUCAAAAGAAAGCGUAACAGGUUUUCAAGAAAUAUCCUUUUCAAACCCAUCCAUGAUGUCCUCUGGUCUAUCUUGUUUAUCUAUGGAUAUCAUGCAAAAUAUGACCAAUAAGAAGCAUGGAGAUUCUUUAUUAAAUUAUUUGGAUGAAUUCAGAACUUCGUCUAACUAUAAAACAGAGUUAUUUGGAGUUAAUUCAAAGGAGAAAGAACAGCAAAAAAUAAAUAUACCAGAAGCAGGAGAGUGUCCUUUAGAUUUAAGUAUACCUCCCAAGUUAAGCAUGAAAUCGCAGAAGUUAAUUGAUAGUAUACAAACAAACCUCAAUGAUAAGAGUGGCGACGACUCUUCGUCUAAAUUAAUAAUUUCAGAGGAUGCAGUGUCGGAAACUCUCUCUGAAUCUACUGAUAGAGAAGAAGAUAUCUCGCACAGUGGAAGUCAGAACUCUUCCAUUACUCAGAACCAAGUAACCCCUCCAAGCAUUACGAGAAAAAGGGUUAGAACCCAACUAACUGCUGUACAAGUUAAAAUAAUGAAAUCAAUUUUUGCCGAUUAUAAAACUCCUUCGAUCACAGAGUGUGAAUUUCUAGGUCAUGAGAUUGGUCUACCAAAACGGGUUAUACAAGUGUGGUUCCAAAAUGCACGUGCUAAAGAGAAGAAAUCGAGUGUUGCUUAUGCAAAUGCACGUGAGUUGGAUGUGUGUCAACCAUCAAAGGAGUGUAAGAUCUGUAAGACUACGUACAACAUCAAUUACUCAAAUACAACCACUCAGGAUCACCUUUUCUCAAAAAACCACAUUGAGAAAUUGAAACUCCAGAUAGAAAAUAACAAAAAACACAAAGAACUGUUGCAAAGCUCUAACUUACCGCGUGAUCUUCCAGUACUGGGAAAUGGAACUUCUCAAAGAAACCCAAUAGAAGCAAAACAGCCACAACGAGACUUAGUAACAUCGGGUAAGGUGAAAUCAAUCCAAUCAAGUUUCAUGCAGCAGCUUCAAACGACGGGACAGCAACAGAUGGCGACACUUGGGACGUCUAGUCUGGAUCAAACGACGGGACUGCAACAGAUAGCGGCACUUGGGACGUCUAGUCUGGGUCAAACAACGGGACUGCAACAGAUAGCGGCACUUGGGACGUCUAGUCUGGAGAAGUCACUUUUACCUGGAGAACGGCUUCAGUCUUCUGAAGAAAUUGAAGCGGUCACUUCAAAACCGGAAGGGUCAAGCAGCUCACCAUCAGCCAAUACUUCAAGGACUUUAGACUUUCCCUCAGUUACACCUGUUGCUUCCAUGCCAUCAACACCAAAUACAGCCGCUACAAGCCAGUCAACAUCUUUUUCUACGGAAGGAACUGCGGGUUUUUUUCCAUAUAUGUUCAGCAGCGUUCCCGCCAGCUACUACUCUGGAACGACUGUUUCACCGAACAUGUACAAUACAGGUAGGAAAACACGUGAGAAUGACUGCUUCUAGAGGAUUUUAGUUUCUUGGUCAUUAAAUGUGUGCCUUGUUUUUUAAGAGCAUCAUUCAGUUGCUUCUGCCAUAAUGUCAUUGAUGAACAUAAUACAUAAAAUCUUCCCACGACCGACCAGGUAAAUAAGUUCCUGUGUAUGUUUAGUGAAUGUAGAAAUGACCAAUAGUCUGACCAAGUCGAUUUUAAGCAGUUCCUAACGUUUUAAUUGUCAUAAUAUUUACCAUUACUUUUUUUGCCAAGUACAUAAGAACCUGUUUUUCAAAUAAGUUAUCGUGUUGUAAAAUAUGUUACUAGGCUGGUGAUGCUAACGCGAAAAUAUUACAUGUAAAUAUAUAUAUAUACAUACAUACCCCAAUUUAUAGUAUAUAUAGAUAUAUAUAUAUGUAGCUAGAAAAAGAGAAGAAAAUAUCAAUGAAAAAUAGAGGUCGCUGUAUUUGCAUACCUUUUUACGAGAUCAUUUUACAAUAUAAUGAUUCACUUUAUUUGUAAUAGACACAGUGUGGUAAACUUACAAUAUUUUACAACAAAUUUUUAUUUUCUUUAAAUAAAAAUACUUUCUUUUAAUUUUAAGUGUUGUUGAUAUUAAAGCAGCCAUUUUUAAUAUUUAUUAUUAACUUUUAAUUCGGACUUUUUGUCAUCAUAAAAAUUUCUCUUAUCUUGUUGAACAGUCACUUUUGAUUGGUGUAGAACAACGGAUGAAAUGUUGUUACUUGUUUACAUCUUAAGAAUUCCAUGUAUCGCCCUUGAUUAACCUGUAAUAUUUACAAACGCAGAGAGUCGAAUUUAUUAUGUAUGAGUAUUUAAUACACUAAUUUUUAAAAUAUGCGUUAAUGUCGAAAUGCAGAAGAUUUUACGUUGAACGGUAAUAUAAUGAUUUCCAACAGAAUGAUCGUAACGUAUACUGUUUACUGAUAUUGAAAAGUCAGGAAAUAUAAAACCCUAAAUGAGAAGUGAAAUCGUAAUGCAACACAAAAAGCUUGUAUUCACUAGGUUUCUUCUUGGGCACAAUAAUGGUCACUCUGAUCACCACAGUUUCAUAAGUAUCUUUAGAUUCUCACCACAGAAAAUCCUUUUUAACUUGCAUCAAUGUACUUGUAGGUAAUUUGAAAGAAUGGCUAGCUAGUGCUAUGUUUUGUGUAAAGUUGUGUUUUCAAGAAUUCUGGCACGAUCAACUUUUUUUUUUCUGUCACAGAAUAUUUUGUAACCUGAGUGGACCCAGAUUAUAUUAUGAAGUAUCACAAUAUUGUAUUAUAUUUCACUGCACGGUUUCAUUUUGUUUUUUACUGAUUUGCUUGUUAGUCAUGGCAUGUUAAUCACAAAUAUUCGAGUUGAAUUUUAUUUUUAAAUGUCUCUUUUUUUUUUCUUUCCUGUUAUGCUACUAAAAUUAUAAUUUACUUUGUAAUUCUAGAAUGUUCUCUUGUUUCUUGUUCGGUUGAUGGUAUUUGUAUGUAACUAAAGUAACAUACACACCUGUACAUACCCAGAUUUGUCGGCUGAAUAUAAAAUAAAUGUUGUUGUUUUUUUUUACAGAA